GGAGCUAUAUAUGUUACUCCAAAAAAAUAUGGUGACAUCUGUGAAAUUUACCUUAACAAUUUUCGAAGAGUUUUGAUUUAUCGUCCUGAAUAUCUCAAAAAAAUGUUAGCACCUUCGUCUAAAGAUACCACUUUCAUGUUAAGAUUUCCAUAUACUGAAGGAUUGGAUGAACUUGGAAUGAGUGGAAGAGGCAUAUCAGCAAACCAUAUUGUAAAAAAUUGGAAAUUUAAUCGUCAAUUCUUUAAUAAAACUGUUUUAGCAUCAAACUUUAAUUAUGAAGUUGUUGAAUGGGCUAAUAAAUUAUUUCCAGAAUUAGAAGGAUAUUGGAAAUCUCUUGUUAAUUUAAACUUAUCUGGUAACAUGGAUUCGUAG